UUCCCAGGAAGUGGUGGGCUGAGCAGAACUACGCAUGCGCCACACGCACCAUGGGCGUAGGACUUCGUCAGGUCGCUACUCCCUGCGGGGCGGAGGCCUGAUGCUGCCGGGAGGGGAGCGGGGCAACUGCCAGUGGACAUGGCGGCGUGCAGCAGCGGGGCUGUGCUCGCUGCCCUGGGAGUGCUUAGCAUUUGUGCGGUCAGUGGCUCUGGGCCCAUGGCUCAGGGGGAGACCGGCGGAGAGGCGGGCUGGGCAGAGCCGUGGGAUGGUGCAGUUUUCCGGCCGCCCUCGGCGCUGGGCGCGGUGGGGGUGGCGCGCAGUCCCGGGCCCUCGCAGCCAGGGAGGGAGGAGGCCGUGGACUUGCCGGUGCUGCUGUGGUGGAGCCCAGGGCUAUUUCCCCACUUCCCGGGCGACUCAGAGCGCAUCGAGUGCGCGCGCGGCGCGUGCGUGGCGUCCCGGGACCGACGGGUGCGAGGGCACUCGCGGACGCGCGCGCUGCUCUUCUACGGCACUGACUUUCGAGCCUCCGAGGCGCCGCUGCCGCGCCUGGCGCAUCAGAAUUGGGCGCUCCUGCACGAGGAGUCGCCCCUCAACAACUUCCUGCUGAGCCACGGGCCGGGCAUCCGCCUCUUCAAUCUUACUGCCACGUUCAGCCGCCAUUCGGACUACCCGUUGCCGCUUCAGUGGCUGCCCGGGACCGCUUAUCUGCGCCGCGCGGCGCCUCCGCUACAGGAGCGCGCUGAGUGGCGCCGACGCGGCUACGCGCCGCUGCUCUAUCUGCAGUCCCACUGCGACGUGCCUGCGGACCGGGACCGCUACGUGCGCGAGCUGAUGCGUUACAUCCCGGUGGACUCCUACGGGAAAUGCCUACAAAAUCGGGAGCUGCCCACUCCGCGGUUACAGGACACAGCCACAGCCACCACCGAGGAUCCAGAGCUCUUGGCCUUCUUGUCUCGCUAUAAGUUCCACUUGGCCCUUGAAAAUGCCAUCUGUGACGACUACAUGACAGAGAAGCUGUGGCGCCCCAUGCAUCUUGGUGCUGUGCCUGUGUAUCGCGGCUCUCCCUCUGUGAGGGACUGGAUGCCCAACAAUCACUCCAUCAUCCUCAUUGAUGACUUUGAGUCACCUCAAAAGCUGGCAGAAUUUAUUGAUUUUCUGGACAGGAACGAUGAGGAAUAUAUGAAAUAUCUGGCGUACAAACAACCUGGGGGCAUCACCAACCAGUUCCUUCUGGAUAGUCUGAAGUAUCGUGAGUGGGGAGUGAAUGAUCCUUUGCUGCCUAACUACCUCAAUGGCUUUGAGUGUUUUGUCUGUGACCAUGAACUGGCUCGGCUGGAGGCCGAGAAAGCACACGCAGCCUCUCCUGGGGACAUCCCUGUCCCUGAGCCUCACAUUGCCCAGCCCUCACACAUGGACUGCCCAGUGCCCACACCUGGAUUUGGCAGUGUGGAAGAGAUUCCUGAGAAUGACAGCUGGAAGGAGAUGUGGCUGCAAGAUUAUUGGCAAGGUCUGGACCAGGGGGAAGCUCUCACUGCCAUGAUCCACAACAAUGAGACAAAGCAGAGGAAAUUUUGGGACUACCUACAUGAGAUCUUCAUGAAAAGGAACCAAAAUCUCUAAUUAUCUUUGCAAGAGCCUUUAAAUUGGUAGAGUUAAGGAGAUGGAAGUCCUUAUUCUACCAAGGGACAUGAGGGGCAUCUGCUGCAUAUCCCUUAACGAACACUGUCUUAUUAUGAGUUCAAGGAAUUCCAGUUAUAUCCACUGAUAUUUUACCCUAAUGAUGUGUAUCCAGUGUCUCAGUUUGUAUUAUUAGGGCCUCUCCUCAAUGAGAGAUGGAGGCCUCUAGUUCUUGGAUUAAUGGAAAACAGAAGCCUGAAACACCCACUUGUUUUAAAGUGCUGAUCCAACAGAAUCUUUAAAGAAUUGCAUCUUUCUCUAGCCAUUUCAUCCUCUUAACUGUGAUUGGAACAACACCUUGGUACUUGGCUUAAGAAUGAGGUAAAAUGGACCACGUUUAGUAGGGUCUUAAAAUUUCUGUGCUCUUCUUUAAACUCUUUAUUAUUCAGUACCUUUCCUUUAUUUUUUUUACAUUUAAAAAAAAAAAUUUACUUUGAGAGAGAAAGCACAAGUCAGGGAGGGGCAGAGAGAGAGGAGAGAGAGAGAGAAUCCUAAGCAGGCUCUGCAUCGUCAGUGCAGAGCCCAAAGUAGGGCUCGAAGCCAUGAACUGCAAGAUCACCACCAGAGCCGAAGUCAGACACUCAACUGACUGAGCCACCCAGGUGCACCUAUUAAUACCUUUCCUAAUCUCUUUUCAUCUCCUGCUUUAUAAAUGGUUACAUUGGUGGUGAAGCAAAACUCCUGGUGGGUUGUGUUAUGGUUCUUUGGAAUUGUAUUUUUUAUAUCAUUUACUUGCUCUUGAAGUCAAACUUUUUAACUUUUUUUUUUUUCAGGUGCCUGGGUGGUUCAGGUCAUGAUCUUGUAGUUCAUGAGUUUGAGCCCCAUGUCAGGCUUUGUGCUGACAGCUUGGAGCCUGAAGCCUGUAUCAGUUUCUGUGUCUUCCUUUCUCUCUGCCCCUCCCUGCUAACGCUCUGUCUCUCUCUUUCUCAAAAGUAAACAUUAAAAAAAAUUGUUUUAAUGGUUUUUUCUUUCCUGGUUUUCCGUAAUCUGACAAAGAUGCCACCAUCCCCCACAUUCAUUCUCCUCUACAUUAAACUGGCUGUAGAUUUUUGACA